AUGAUGGCGCCUUCUCACAUUCUGGAGAUCCCGCGGCCCAAGACAUUCCUCCAGAAAAUGUCGCUCCGCACUGGCGCUGAAGUCAUCACCUUUCUCCAAGUCAUCAACAAGGCUUCUGGCGUCUACGGCCUCCUCGCCCUGCUGACAGGCGCCAAAAUCGAUGGAUGGCAACUGUCCAUGUACCUCUACUCUACCUUUGCCCUCCUCGCCACCACACACCUGUACAAGCACAUCCGGUUACAGAGUCCCUUUGAAACUGUCCUGCUGGCGCAUUUGUAUGCCCUCGACUCGGUCAUCAACGCGCUCUACACAGCCUUCUUCGGCAUCGCAUGGUUCUACACGCUCGCCGGCCACCCAGAUGAGAAUGCAGGACUGUCGCCUGGCAUGAAGGACAACGCGGGGUUCACCAGCCCCAAGCACAAUGUCACGCAGGUUGAAAUCAUCGCCGAGCCCACCAAGGGCAUACAGGCUGGUCAGAACGCCGUCGCCGUAGGCCAAGGUGCAAGCAACGGCGCAGGACUUGGCAAUGCCGUCUUCCAGAGCGGCAGCAUCAUGAGUAUCUCGCUGAUUUCGGGCUUCUGGGCCCUGCGCGUCUACUUUGUUUUCAUCAUGCUGGCUUUCGCGCGCCAGUGUCUCCGUCAGCACAUUGCUGCCAACGCUUCCUCGGCUGCGUGGUAUAACUCGAAUGAUAUGCAAACGUCCGCAACCGACCUCGCCGAGAACCCUUUCGCCGAAGGCAAGGAGGAAGGUAGCGGCUGGAAGGGUCAGCUCGGUCGCGUCAUGCUUAGCGGCGCGCCCAGGUACUGGCUUGGUGCUGACGAGGGCGAGAACUGGAUACACAACGUUGGCGGCCGCUUCAGGAAGGCCACGCAGCUAGACCAGCCCGUGGGCUUCAACGAGCGCGAAAGAAGGCGGAGAGCAGGAACCGGCCCACCAGUACCUCAGCUCAAGCUGAACCCCGAGCUACCGCGGUAAACCGGCUUUUUCGCUUUCCAGGGGAGAUGAUGGUCUCCUCGUUAGGGGCAGCGCAAGAUGAUUGAACGACGGAGAGCAGAAGUUGUAACGAUAUGACCCUAGGGCUGCGUCCUUCGAGGGGAUAAGAAGGCGCAUUUGUACUAUAUCCGCUCUAUUGAAUGUUUGGACGCCAUUUUUUCAUCCGCGACAUGGCUAGUUCGCACACACCGGCGACAUGUCAAGUUUCCUCCUUUUCUGCACGCAGCAUAGCGCCAUACACCGACGGCACCACAUCCGUCUAUUAAUG